AUGGGGCGCCAUCAGUCGGAGGGCAUCUGGGAAGCAUCUUGUGCAAGCGGCAAUAAUGUCACGCUGGCCCAUGGACAGGCAUGUGGCCAACAGCGACAGGAAGAGCAGGCGCUACAUGGCCGGCAGCAGCAGCCGCAGCAAUGGUGGCGGCGGAAACAGCAGCCCUUGCAGGAAGCGGAGGCCUGCCCGCACGAGCGUGUAGGCCUGCAACAGUGUCAGCUGCAGGGUGAUUUGGUGGAGGUGGCCAGCCUAGCGGCAGGGUUGGAAGGCUUGCGCCAGCAUCCGGGCGACCAGCCCCGAUCCGAGCAGCAGCAGCAGCAGCAGCAGCAGCAGCAGCAGCAGCAGCAGCAGCAGCAGCAGCAGCAGCAGCAGCAGACGGCCACGACACGCACAAGCUUCGACUCGGAGGCCAGCUUCAGCAUGGCUCGCGAGCCUUCGCUCAGCUGCCCGUUGCCGACGCGGUUGCAGUCCAGCCCCGCGGUUCGCAGCGGUGAUGGCACGCCUGGCCCUGCGUCCGCCGCUCACUGCCAACCCAGUACCUUGGAGGGCGUGCGAGAGUGGCACAACUUCCUGCAGGACUGCGAGCUCGAGCCAGUGGUGGCGCCUACACCCAUGCCGCCCUGCGUGGCCGCAGCGGCACUGCGCGUUCACGGCGGCCCAGGGCCGUGGCGAGCGGCCUCAGAGCCGGAGGCCUGUGAUGCAGGUGGCCGCAGCAACAGGCGGCCGCCUGGCGCUUCACUGCAACAGCGCUCGCCCUCGGGGUGCUCAGGGCAUCAGCUGUCAUCUACAGCAGAAAUAUGCGCACCCGCCAAGCGGCGCCCGGGCGGCAGUCCGUCGACCCUGGUGGAGUUUGUGGCGAGAGUGCUUGAGCUGGUGUUCCCCAGCAGCUGCCGCUGGCUGCUGUUGCUGGCCGCAGCGAUCACGUGGGGCCUGCGCAAGCAGCUGUGGCGGUCGGGUGCGCUGCGUGACCUGCGCGCGGUGUACCGAUUCCUGCUGGUCCUCGCAUCUGGCCUGUGA